AUGGACAGAUACCAUUUAAAAAAACUCUUUAUGGAAGACAACAUCGGAAGUAUUGAAGUUACAACAGCAGGGGGUUCGGAGACCCAGCUGUCGGCAGUAGAAAGUGCGCAAGCAGGCUUUCUUCGGUCGUCAUCUUGCAACUGCAGAGUUUUGGAGGUGUCCAGUCUGGCCUCCACUUCUUUAAAUGCUACAGCUGAUGAAGAGUCCGUGUCAAUUGUUUACAAUGAUAAUGAUUCUACCGUUAGAGAUCCAUUGAUAGCGGACCUAGGCCGUUUAAAUGGAAGAAAAAGACGACUACCACCGUCAUUAACAGAUUACUCAUGUUUGAAGAAACUGAGAGAUGGCUCGUCCAUCGGCCCUGUGUCAAUAAACUAUUACAGCACGGCUUCACCGUCCUAUAGCUUAGAUUCACCAUCCUAUAGCCCAACAUCAUUACCUUAUAACUUAAAGUCACCAUACUACAGCCUAGAUUCACCGUCCUAUAGCCCUCCGUCACCGUCUCUUAGCUUGAAGUCACCGCCUUCUAGCCUCCCGUCACCGUUUUCUAGCCCCUCGUCACUAUCCUAUAGCCCAACGUCAACACCUUAUAGCAUAAGGACACCUUCCAACAGCCUUGAUUUUCCGUCCUACAGCCCUCCNUCUUCUAGCCAUUGA